AUGUCCUCAUCGAUCCUAUUUGUAAAAGCAUUAUACGACUUUACCUCUACAGAUACUUCGAGUCUUUCCUUUAAAAAAAAUGAUAUAAUACAAGUUCUUACGCAGCUAGAAUCUGGUUGGUGGGACGGUCUAUGCAACGGUGAACGUGGCUGGUUUCCUAGUAAUUAUGUUACCAAUUUAGAUGAUGAGGAUGAUAUAUCGGAUGACGAUAAGUUAUCCGAUUGGAUUCCUCAACAAACUCCAGAUGGUGUUAUAUUUUAUUAUAAUACCCGAACGGGUGAAUCAUCUUGGGAAUUACCAAUAGACGAAAAACAGAUGGACGAUAGUUCUACGUCACGUGAUUCUAGUAAUUACACUGGAUCCGGUGUUUCUACACAUUCUACCGUGGGUUCUUUUAUAAAACUUAAACCGCUACCAGAAAAUUGGAUACAACAACCUACCGAUGAUGGUAAUACAUAUUAUUACUUUAAUACGGUAACUGAAGAGAUUAGAUGGACUUACCCUGGUGAUCCUGGAAAUUCUGAUUCCGUUGAUGAUAAUGAAAUUGGUGUUAUUUCGGAGGGUGUAGAAGGAGAGGUUGUCGAUGAAACUUUGGUGGAUGCUGAUAAGGAAAGUGUCACUAGUUCAAAGGAUAGUGGGUUAAGUAAUAACACUGUUACCAUUCAACCAAAGCAACAACUUUCUACUGAUGACGACAAGGUGCAUCUUCCACCUGGUUGGGGUAAGAAAACUACACCCCAAGGAAAAGUUUAUUAUUUUAAUAAAACGACCGAAGAGACUACUUGGAGUCUUGAUAAUAUUGGCGAAGAUGGUCUUCUGAUUAAAACUGAUGACGAUGAUGCUUCUGAACAGCUUCCACCUGGUUGGGGUAAGAAAAUUACUCCCCGAGGAAAAGUUUAUUAUUUUAAUAAUACGACCGGAGAGACUACUUGGAAUCUUGGUAAUAUUGAAGAAGAUGGCCGUUUGAUUAAAACUGAUGAUGAUACUAUACCUUUUUGUGAGGGUAUUGGCUUUGAUGAAGCUCCAGAUGAUCCUUUACCUCCCCCUCCUCCACCUCCCCCUCCUAUUGCUAUUGCUACUCCUCAAAAGAAUAUUGAUCAAUCUGUUCUCAUGCGAAUCUCUAAUGAACCUUAUAGUUGGGACUCGUUAUCUGCCACUAUUUAUUCUGCUAUUAAUAAUUUAACUGUGGCUGCGAGAGAAAACGCGAAACAAGAUUAUCAAAAUUGUACGAAUGCUAUUGUUGAGAGCGUUCGUAUCAUGCUAUAUGCUUCUGGUACCGUUGAAAAAGAGUCCCCAAUUAUUCGUCAAAAUCGAACUUUAAAAACUUAUCAUAGACAUAUCAUGGCUUCUUUAUCAAAAUUGGUCCUUUCUACAAAAGUUGCUUCUGGUGUUUGGCCUCCACCUGAUGCUGCUCAAAAAAUGAAAAACGAUGCUGAUGAAGUUUUGGUUUCUGUUCGUCAAUUUGUGCAAGCUGCUGAAAAUACUGUAGAUAUUAGACCUAUUGACCCUAAAAUUGUAGAAAGUCCUAUUGGUGGUUCUUGGCGCGGUAAUAAUCUGGUUAUACCUGGUCAUAAUAAAAUGUUUCCUGCUCCUUCUAUAACUUCAAGCAUUAGUUCUCAGGAUAGUGUUGAUUCCUCCGGUCCUUCCCGUUCUUUAACUCCUGAUAUUUUGGCUUCACUAGAACAUUCUUCUCGUACCAUCUCAAAGGCUAUUAUGUUAAUAAAUAAUCUUAUUAGAAAACAUGUUGAAAUAUCUCAAUCUUCUAUACCUGGUAAUAAUACUACUGCUGGAUUUGCCCCACAACUAGUAACACAGGCACGUCAGGUUGUUACACAUGCUGGUCAAUUUUUAUCUAUGGUUGAAGAUAUUAAUUUAGAGGAUUUAGAUGAGACUAGUCAAAGUUCUAUAAAUGAUUUUAAAAUUGCAAAACAAGCUUUAUAUAAUAAUAUUACUGGUUUAGUUAUGUGCGCUCAAAGUGCAACUGAUCCAUCUCUCAAAUCUAAUGUAAUGGAUCAUGUUCAAAUUUCCACUAAUGUUGUUGAAAAGUCUGUAAAGGAUUUGAUCAUUGCUGCAAAGUUUCUUAUGGAAGAAAAAGAUACUCAAGAUCAAUUAAGAAUUCAAAUGCGUACUCCUAGGCAUUCUAAUUCUUCUGAAAUACAACCAUUAAAACGUCCUUCAAUAUCUUCAAUAUCAAUUGAAAAUGGCGCGAAUGACGUCAUUGAAGAUGUUAAAAUUAUGGAUGAUCAAAAAGUUAUUCCAAUUAGUCCUCCAGUAACGAUUCAAACAACUGGUUUACAGACUGUACCAGAGGAUUAUGUUAUGACUACUGAGUCACCAACGAUAGUAAAUGAUAUAAAUUCUAUUAAUAUAACUGAUGACCCAGAUAAAACUCCAACAUCCCCAAUUUCUGAUGGUUCUUCUAUGACUGGUGGUCGUUCUUUUUCAAGCAGUACAAUAGAUUCAACAUUAAUUUCAUCAUCUUAUGGACCAUCUCAACGUAUAAAUUCACAAUCUAUUGCUCAAUCAGAUUAUCAACGACCAUCAUCUCCUCCAUUAUCUAGUAAUCCAGGUGGUACUAAGUCACCACGUAGUGAUAGUAGUAAAGUUACAAAAUUCUUUGGAGAAGAUGUUCAAUCCAUAAAUCAAACACGUGUACAACGUGAAGAUAAACCAUGGUUCCUUAAAUAUGAUUAUGAAGAAUCUGAAAUAGUUUUCAAUAUGGAAAGGCAUGUUAAGGGUGGUACUUUAAAUGCUUUAGUAGAAAGAUUAACUAUGCAUGAUUUACUUGAUUCAAGUUUUAUAGCAACUUUUUUGUUGACAUAUCGUUCAUUCUGUACUACUGAACAAUUUUUUGAAAUGUUGACCAAACGUUUCAUGAUUUCACCUCCUGAUAGUUUAACAUCUGAACAACUUGAAAUUUGGCAAGAGAAAAAACAAACCCCUGUUAGAUUAAGAGUUUUUAAUAUUAUGAAGAGUUGGUUGGAAAAUUAUUAUAUUGAUGAUAAAGACGCUUCUUGUUUGGAACGUAUAAGAGAAUUUGCUCAAACUACAAUGCAUGAACACAUGGCUUUUGCGGCAGUUAGUUUGAUUAAAGUCAUUGAUAAACGGUUACAACAACGAAAAGAUGCAGUCUUUAAAGAAAUGAUUCCUAAUAAUACUAUGUUACCACCACCUUCAAUUAAACCGAAAAAUCUGAAAAAAAUCAAAUUUUUGGAGUUGGACCCAUUAGAAAUUGCAAGACAAUUAACUAUAAUAGAAGCUAAACUUUACAAUAAAAUUAGACCGGUUGAAUGUCUGAAUAAAGCAUGGAUUAAUAGUAAUCAGAUCACUGGAUGGGUAGCUGAAUCCAUUCUUAAUCAAAAAGAAAUUAAAAAACGAUGUGCUUUGAUCAAACAUUUUGUUGCAGUAGCUGAUAGAUGUAGACAAUUAAACAAUUUCAAUUCUUUAACGGCUAUUAUUUCUGGUCUUAAUUCAGCACCAAUUCAUCGCCUUAAGAGAACAUGGGAGAUGGUAAAUGCACGAACAAUACAGACACUCGAUAACCUUAAUAGAAUCAUGAACUCUACAAAGAAUUUCUUUGAUUAUCGAGAAAUGCUACAUAGCGUGAAUCCACCGUGCGUACCAUUUCUGGGUGUUUAUUUAACUGAUCUUACUUUUAUCGAAGAUGGUAAUCCAGAUAUUCUUAAAAAAAAUCAACAAUUAAUUAAUUUUUCGAAACGAAUGAAAACUGCAGAUGUAAUACGUGAAAUUCAACAGUAUCAAUCUGUACCCUAUAAUCUUACUACUGUACAGGAAAUUCAAAUUUUCAUUCAAAGUCAUUUACAAGAUAGUAGAGAUGUUAGCGAUUUAUAUAGUACAAGUUUGGAUAUGGAGCCAAGGGAACGAGAGGAUGAAAAAAUAGCAAGAUUGUUACAAGAAAGCGGUUUCCUGUAA